CCUCGAGGCGAAUUGGCUCCGCCGUGCCAACCCCGCCGCCGCCGCCGCCGCCGCCGCUCCCGAGCGCACGCCUUCAGCCCCAGCGAAGCCCCUCGCCGCCGGGCCGGACGGAGGGGGACGCUGCUGGCCAGGCUGCGCUUUGCUGCAACCACGUGUCACUCGCAGCCUGCCUGUCACCCACAACAAGAACAAGGAAGCCUGCGGGGGAAAAUCUCCUUCUCCCCCUUGGAUCGCCCUGGGGGAAGGCGCCACUUUCCCGAUCCAGGCUGGUUGCAGCAAUGGAAGAAAAUAGCUUGGGCACCCUGCAACAGAGGGCAGCUGAGCUGGAGUGCAUGGCCGAGGUUCUUCUGACAGGGGAACAGCUAAGGCUCAGGCUGCAUGAAGAAAAAAUUAUUAAGGACCGAAGGCACCACCUGAAGACCUACCCAAACUGCUUUGUUGCCAAAGAAUUGAUUGACUGGCUGAUUGAUCACAAAGAGGCCUCUGACAGGGAGACAGCAAUUAAACUCGUGCAGAAGUUACUGGAUCGUAGCAUUAUCCAUCAUGUUUGUGAUGAGCACAAGGAAUUCAAGGAUCUCAAACUUUUCUACCGCUUUAGGAAAGAUGAUGGGACGUUCCCACUUGACAACGAAGUGAAGGCUUUCAUGAGAGGACAGAGAAUAUAUGAAAAGCUUAUGAAUACUGAAAAUGUUAUUUUACAAGCCAGAGAAGAAGAAGGAGCAAAAUAUGAGCGUACUUUCAUGGCGUCUCAAUUGAUUGACUGGUUGAUCCAGGAAGGGGAGGCUGCCAACAGAGCUGAGGCUGAACAACUCGGCCACAGACUUCUGGAGCAUGGAAUUAUCCAACACGUGUCCAGCAAACACCAUUUUAUGGAUAGCAACCUGCUCUAUCAGUUCCGAAUGAAUUUCCGCCGCAGGAGGAGAUUGAUGGAGCUGCUCACCGAGAAGUCCCAUUUGGUGCCGGAGAGCCACGAUAGCCCCUUUUGCCUGAGGAAGCAAAAUCAUGACCACAAAAAACACGCCACGUUCCUCUCAGUGAGCCCCAGCAAGGAGAUCAAGAUUGUCUCUGCGGUCAGACGGAGUAGCAUGAGCAGCUGUGGCAGCAGCGGGUACUUCAGCAGCAGCCCAACCCUCGGUAGCAGCCCGCCGGUCCUCUGCAACCCAAAAUCUGUACUAAAAAGAACAGUGACUCCUGAAGAACUUCUGAGGCCAGGGGCUCCCUAUGCCCGGAAAACAUUCACUAUCAUAGGUGAUGCUGUUGGAUGGGGAUUUGUGGUCCGAGGGAACAAGCCCUGCCACGUGCAAGCAGUGGAUCCCAGUGGGCCGGCAGCUGCAUCGGGAAUGAAGGUUUGCCAGUUUGUGAUUUCAGUGAACGGGCUCAACGUUCUCCAUGCAGAUUACAGGACUGUAAGCAACCUCAUCUUAACUGGUCCUCGGACCAUCGUCAUGGAAGUGAUGGAAGAAAUUGAGCCCUGAGAUGGAUGCUUGGCCUGCUGCA